AUGUCUCAGACCAAGGAACUCACCCUCGCCGAGAUCGCCGGCCACAACACCAAGAAGGAUCUCUACAUGACCGUCCACGACAAGGUUUACGACGUCUCUGCCUUUGUUGACGAGCACCCCGGUGGUGAGGAAGUCCUCCUCGACGUCGCUGGCCAGGAUGCCACCGAGGCCUUCGAGGAUGUCGGCCACAGCGACGAGGCCCGUGAGAUCCUCGACGGCAUGUUCGUCGGUAACGUCAAGCGCCUGCCCGGUGACCCCGAGCCCCGCGCUCACACCCCCGCUCCCUCUGCCUCCUCCGGCUCCGGAACCGCGGGCAUCGGCGUCGGUCUGUACGCCUUCUUCCUGAUUGGCGGUGUCAUCAGCUACGUCGCCUACAACUACAUCCAGCAGCAGCAGGGCGCCGCGCAGUAA